UUUAGUCACAUUAUGAACCAAGUAUCUUAAAUUUAUAAUACUGCGAAAUAUUACUACUCCUUCAUUGAAAAACUAAUAGUAUGAGAUAUUUUUAACUUUAAUGUAGUGCCAAAUAUAAUUGUUUUAAAAUGUAUCGAAAAGCUCAACCUGAUUGCCUUCGCUACUUUCUGUCGAAACUAAGUUCAGGCAGCUCGAGCUCUGCCCAAGUUGAGGACCUUGUACGCGUGCUUGUGGAAGCAGGCAAUUACGAAAAAUCUCUAGCCUCGGAAACGGUACAAAAUGCUUUGAAGGAUGGUCUACUCAAACCGGUGCUACACAAUAACACAGGCUCCACCAGAGUACCGCGUUUAUUGCGUUUGCCAAAACCUGCAGAAAUUGUUGAGAAUAAUUUACAUGAUUUCUAUUGUUUUGAGUGUAAUUUACCGGGCACCUUAACGCACUGCCGGCAGUGCUGCCGUUCGUUUCAUCGACUGUGCUAUCGUAAAGAACCAGAACGGCCCAACUACUCAGUACCAUCAGGAAAAUUUCAAAAAAAUCGUCCUCCGGCGUUCAGUUCAGACACUGAUGCUGACUCUGAUGCCAAUGACACCGCACAGGAAAAUACUUCCUUUGAAUAUGAGAGUGACGUAAGGGUACCAUCGUCUUUGCUGCAAAUAGAUACUGGUUCUACUAACAGCGGAGGCCAACAACGCUUCACCGAGGAGAUUACAGUUGAUAGCACAUCUUCGCCUAUUCAGUCCGAUUUGAAUAACUUUGAAGAUGAAGUACCGAAUACGUCAAAUGCAACAAAAAUUGGCAGCGAGCUACAUAGAAAUCAGAAAAUCUACCGGGAAGAUUUUGAAACAGAGUCAAAGGCUAAAGUGGAAGUAGUUUGCAUGGGCGAAAUACGACCCCCAACGCGAAAACGUCCACGCACUCUCACGUCAAAUUUGUCGUAUAAAAGUGAGAUCUGCUUAAAUGAAGAACAGGAAUCAGAUUUUGAACUUUGUACGUGUUGUCGACUGUUAAAAACAGCUGAGCUGCGACAUCCUCCAAAUAUGCGGCCGGACGAAUUAAGUUACUUGAUUAAUUUUACGUUUGAGCGUAAUCGUUCGUGGGUCAGUAAUGACGUACGAAGUUACUUGGAGUCAAUAAAAAUACCUGUGGGAUUGAUUUCGGACAUUUCAAAAUUACUAUUUAAAUUUCCCGAUAAACAUUUGGAAUCCAUCGCAGCUAAACUGAGAGAAAUGCAGUAUAACCUAUUGACUGAAUUCUUUGUUGACAUACUUGACUUGCAGCAUAACAUUGGUGUAUUUUUUGGUCCUCAUAGCAUGGAAAUGGAAGCUACGAAGUGGAUGGUUCGUGACAUAGCUUACGAUUUGGCUGAGAUUCGGCGUUGUCCAGAUUGUUUUCGGCAUUCACAUGAAAAACAUUCUAGCGUAUGGUUUGCGAAACCAUGCGUUCAACGACACGAAUUAGUGUUUGCAAAGCACAGUGGUUUCUCAUAUUGGCCGGCAAAAGUAAUUCGACUUCUACCAAACAAUAAAUACGAUGUUCGUUUUUUCGGCGGCAAUCAUUCACGUGCACUUAUCGAAUCACGUUUAAUUCGCUCAAUCGACACAGAUAUAAAAUCUUUGAAGAUCGGCAAUAAACCGGCUAUUAAAAAGGCGCUGGAAGAACUAAGAAUACAUCAAAUUUUGUCAGCAUACCCGCCUAGUAUAUUUUCUUUUCAUGCUAACAAAAAUGAAAUGGAGCAAAUUAUAAGGAAUGCUUUACAAAGAACAACAAAUCAAUUCUUGGAGAACACUAAUAAGACGAGAAAACCUCCAGUACGUCGACAAACAAUUUGUAACACCGCUCCACAUAUUAGAAUAGAUACCCGCUUGAAUGUCUCCGACGACAUACUGUCUUUGCCUAAUGUCGAACCGCCUGUUCUGAGUGACAGCGGAUUUCUAAAUGAUACGGAAACCAGAUCAAAAACGAAAAGAUCGCAAUAUGGCAAUCCAAAGUCACCGAAACGGCUUACACGUUCUGCAAAUACAAUAAUAAGUGUGGUAGAUUUAAAACAGGUUCAAGACCAACUUGAUGACGCCUUAAAAGUGGUAGCAGCUACACAAAAGAAAAAUGAAAAAUUGCAAGCUAAUAUAGAAAAGCUGAAAGCAUCAAUCAAAAAACAUGAACAUGAAAAGAAAAUCCUUAAACGAAAGCAGUGGUGCUACUGGUGCCUCAAUGAAGCUAUUUACUUAUGUUGCUUUCGUGCUGCGUAUUGUUCGCAAAUUUGCCAGUCACGGCACUGGAAGGACGGUCACAGUAAAGUGUGUAGAAAUCAAAAUGACCAACGCCAAGCAAGCUCCACAACAUGAAAUUGCAAUAUUAUUGAAACUUUAUUGUUGGAUUUUUUAAUGAUAUUUUUGUAAUGACAUUGGUUUUAGCUAUACUCUGAUUAGGUUCUGUGAAAUCUUUUUUGAAAACGAAUACUUUUAUACAUAGUUACAUUAUUAAGUGCACACAUAAGAGAGUUUAUUUCGAUUAGGCCUUUGAAAUUGCUUACCUUUCCUUUUUUAUCUAUGACACUAUAUUUCGUACGCGACUUGGUUAUGUUUAGUUAUUUAACAUACCUAUGAAUACAUCACUAGUACUGCAUCACUAAUAUUGCGAUAAAAUAAGCAAAAUGAAGUAAACGCAUAGUUAUCAAUGUACAUACCAUAAAACAAGAAGUUGUUGAGAGAAGAGUUAAAUAAAAAUGUCUAAUGUUAGGAAUAA